AAGAUGAUUGUCGUUACAGCGGAAAAGUUGGUUCUUCAUUUGUGUAUAUCGAACGAAUCAAACUGUGAUUGACUUGUGAGAGUGAGAGAGAACUCAGUCAUGGAUUCUCCGUUCAAAGCAGAUAUACUGAAAGGGAAAGUGGCUCUGUUGACCGGAGGUGGUUCUGGAAUUGGGUUUGAGAUCGCCAAGCAAUUCGGAAAUCAUGGAGCUUCCAUUGCCAUCAUGGGCCGCCGCCAACAAGUUCUCGACUCCGCCGUCUCUGUUCUACAAUCUCUUGGAAUUCAGGCCGUGGGCUUUGUGGGAGAUGUUCGCAAAAUGGAUGAUGCAAAUAGAACUGUGGAAUCAACAUUUCAACAUUUUGGCAGGUUAGACAUUCUUGUUAAUGGUGCAGCAGGAAAUUUCCUUGUCUCAUCUGAAGAUCUGUCUCCAAAUGGGUUCAAAACAGUUAUGGAUAUUGAUACAGUUGGUACAUUCACAAUGUGCCAUGAGGCAUUGAAAUAUCUGAAGAAAGAUGGAUUGGGAAAGAAGUCAUCUGAUGGUGGUGGAAUCAUAUUGAAUAUCAGUGCUACUUUGCACUAUACAGCUUCUUGGUAUCAAAUCCAUGUCUCUGCAGCCAAGGCUGCUGUUGAUGCCAUAACCCGAAACUUGUCCCUAGAGUGGGGAACUGACUACGAUAUUAGAGUUAAUGGAAUUGCACCUGGUCCGAUAGCUGAUGCCACUGGAGUGAGUAAACUUGCACCUGAUGAGAUCGAUUUCCAAGCUAGGGAUCUUGUUAUGCCCUUGUUUAAAUUCGGGGAGAAAUGGGACAUUGCCAUGGCUGCAAUUUAUCUUGCGUCAGAUGCAGGAAAAUAUGUCAAUGGCACGACACUUGUGGUUGAUGGGGGGAUUUGGCUGAGCCGACCUCGAUAUCUUCCCAAGGAUGCGGUGAAGCAGUUAUCGCGAGUAGUGGAGAAGAGAUCAAGAGAAGUUCCUACAGGACUUCCAACGAGCAAACUCUGAUUAUGUUUAGGUGAUCACUUGGGUUAAUUUGGAUUACUUUGGGUUAUUUGUUAUAAAAAUGUUUAGUCAUGUGGGUGGGACAAGUAUACUCUUUGUGUUUCAGACAAAAAGAUGUGUGGAAUAAUUAUGAAAAUAAAAUGAUGACUUAUUAU